CGCUUGGAUUAAGAAGAAGAGUAGUACCAGUGUCUAUUUAGUUCAUUUUGAGGUUAUAUUUAUUCAUCAUUUAUUCAAUUAACAUAAUUUUGUGAUAAUUUUUUUAUCUAAAUAUAUGGACUUGCUACAAUAAAUAGAUAUUCGUAAUAUUUCAGUUCUUUUCUUUCCAAGCUGAUAUAAUUCAAAAAUAAUAUUUAUGACGAUUAUAAACUAGGCCUACUACAUCAAUGGCAUCAAUUAUGAGACCGUAUUUUUUAAAUUUUAAUAAGUAUGUGUUUUCUCAUCAUGGACGUAGGUGUUUAUGCAGGAAUUAUUCCAAGCAUUUGCCAUCAACUGCUGAACAACAAGAUGUGGUUGACCAGAUAUUUCCAGACAUCGAAGGCUCCCCCAAGCCUGUGCCUGCCAAUUACUUUAAAAUGACAAGGGGCAGAAAACAAAAAUCAGAGAAAGUGCUUGGUGGCAAUGAAGUUCACAAGUCCGGGCAUAUUAUUAUUGAGUGCAAAAAUAAAGAUUUAAACCAUUACAUUAACCAAAAAUAUAACAAGUUCAACGCAAUACCUCUGGCAACGAAAGGUUGGAACCACAGAUUGUCAAAAGGAGACUAUUUCAAGAUCAACAUUUAUCCUGAUAAGGAAAAACGUGAGAGUGUAUUUUGGGUUGAUGGUUUAGAUUCAUUUGAAAGCCUCGGGCUGGACAAUAGAAUAACUGAAGCUCUGAAGAAGAUGGGUAUUACAAAGCCAACUCAUAUUCAAGCCUCUGGUAUACCUGCAGUACUGAAUAGCCAGAAUGUGCUGUUGGCUGGGGAGACUGGCUGUGGCAAGACACUGGCUUACCUGUUGCCUGUGGUCCAGGAGAUAUUGAGGUGGCGGGCAGUAUCCCAACAUCGCAAGUUCAACACUCCUCUAGCUUUGGUGCUGACACCUGGCCGAGAAUUGGCGUACCAGAUUGGGGAUGUAGUGAACAACCUGGCAAAGGAGCUGAUGUUUGACUUUGAAGUGAUGGUGGGCGGCCACAUGAAAAGACUCAUCACUCAUCCAAACUUCCGGCCUGUGGAUCUUUUUGUUUCUAGCAUAGGUGCUGCUGGCAAGCUGACAACCUCAGGACUAUACAACAUGUCAUAUGUUCGUCACAUAGUAAUGGAUGAGGCAGACACAUGUAUGGAUGACAGUUUUAGUGAUUAUGUAGUCAGAUAUCUCAAAAAGUUUCCGAUUAGCUAUGGAAGGGAUCAGACCGACAAUGAAAGCCUGCCACCGUUCUGUCAACUUACUCUUGUGAGCGCCACCAUGCCGACCAGUUUACCAAUGAUACUGGAAGACAUAAUUGUGCCAGAGUCAUUGGUGAAGGUGGAAACACCCAGGCUACACCAGGUGCUGGUCCAUGUCCCCCAGAUGUUCCUGCGUCUUGGGCAGUCUGAGAAACCCAGCAAGUUGCUUGAGCUGGCCAAGAGGAAUAUGGCUAAGGAGAUCCCAACAAUCAUUUUCAGCAACCGGUCCAAGGUGUGUGACUGGGUGUCCAUGUUCCUCAACGAGAACGGAAUUAGCUGUGUAAACCUCAAUGGAGACAUGCCAACAGACAUAAGAAGAGGAGUGUUUGAUCAGUUCCAGCGAGGCUUUGUGGAUGUCAUAUCCUGCACAGAUAUUGCAUCACGGGGUCUUGACACUGUUCGGGCAAAACACAUAAUCAAUUAUGACUUUCCAAUCUACAUGGCUGACUACAUCCACCGAUGUGGCCGUGUGGGCCGGGUUGGUCAUACUGAGAAUUGCCACAUCACCAACUUUGUGUCAAAUGAAAAGGAAGUUGAACUUGCACAGAAGGUUGAGACUGCAGUGAGAACAAUGUCGGUGCUGCCUAAUGUGAAUGGCAACAUUACCAGAGUUAUUCAGCAUAAAAAGAUGAAAUAUGAAAAUAUAAUAUAGUUAUAGUAAUA